AUGACCAACUGGCACGGCCAAUGGCGAUGUUGGAAGCCUCUCGAAUCAACAGACGCGAUCCGAUCAUUCAAAUCCGUGCGGAAAUUUUGGGCCACGUCACCCGAUCGCAGCAGCUAUGCUCACAUGAACGACUUCUAUGACGAGCAAGGCGAGGUGCCCGAGUUUCCGCCGCCGUCAGGCGUCCAGUAUGACAUGUCGCUCGCAGAACACAGCCUGCCAGACGGAUUCUACCACGUGGCAGUCAGCACAGCGCGCCGCCACGCUGUCAGCCGGGAGGGGGACGGUGUAUUUGGGCCUCUGGAGGUGGGGGAUGGGGUGGGCGGCAUCAAGCUGCCAUUCAUAGAGGAGUUCUUCUUCUCCCACACCCCCACGUCUCGUUUUGGCUGCAUGGUGGGAUACAAUCCGGAAGGAGCAUUGCGUGCCUUCGUGGUGGUAGAGGACUCACUAGACACCAACGAACGCCGCCCCUCCGACUGGGUCUGGCCCACGUGGGGCCCGGGCGGCGUCCCGUCCCGUCUGCCCGACCACCUGCCGCCUGUUCCGGCACUAGAUGACAAGACAGUGGUGGGAGCUCGCACCGUUCUGACUCGCAACCUGAUGGUUCAGGAGCGGGAGGACGUGUCUUGGGCGGAAGAAUGGGGCCCUAACAGCGCUGCCGCUGCUGCCGCCAUUGCUGCUGGUGACACUGCUUCAGCUAAAAAUGCUGUAGCAGCAGCAGCAGCAGCUGGCUUUAUGGGGCGAGUGCCGGAGGGAGAUGAGGACCGUUACACGGUCGUUGCUCUGCCCCACGGGGUGGUGGUGUGCGCCCCUCUCUCGCCGCAGCUGGUGGCAGGCAGGCCGUUUGUGCUGUCGGCGUCGUGGGUGGUGAGAGAGGGCGAGGUGAAGCGGAUCACUGCCUCUUGGGGGGCGAAUGGGGGCUUUGAGGAAGUGGAGGGCGAGUGGUACAGGAGACAGGCGUGA